UGUCUCCGCCUCCUCCCUCCCUCCACCGUCGCCAUCGCCGUCCACGCCAAGCCCGGGUCUAAGGUCGCCACCAUCACUGAGAUCGGGGACGAGGCUCUCGGGGUUCAGAUCGACGCCCCUGCGAGAGACGGAGAAGCUAACGCCGCGCUUCUCGAUUACAUCAGCUCGGUAUUAGGAGUGAAGAAAAGGCAAGUAUCUAUUGGUUCCGGUUCGAAAUCGAGAGAGAAGGUUGUACUCGUCGAGGAUGCAACUCUCCAGAGCGUCUUCGAUGCUCUAAACAGGGCCUGUAGUUCUAAAUGAUGUACUCAAUAACGAAACUCUAUAGUCAUGUAAAGACUCUUCUCUACCAAUCCUUUCAAUUACACCCACUUGCCAUACAAAUCUCAGAAACCCUAAAGAGUCCAACUAUUGCAAUGAGAAUAUCGCAAAAAACUGCAGUGGCUGUGGGAUUACAAAAAAGUAAAAAUGGGCAACUGUAGUAUUAUCACAUUGUGAGCCCAUCAUACCAUUUUCACUUUCUUUAUUUACAGUCAUGCAUCCUCUAAAAUUUAGUCUAUUUAAUACAAUCUGAGAUGGUAGUGUUGUGCUCGAA